AGGUCGGGCACGGCUCAGAUCCGGAUCGUGGUGCUCGAUGCCAACGACAACACGCCUGUGUUCAGCCGGGAGGUCUACGAGGUGCGCCUGGCCGAGAACAGCCCCCCGGAGCAGCUGGUGGUCAGAGUCACGGCCUCAGAUCCCGACGCAGGAUCCAACGGGAAAGUGCGGUACGCCUUCACCCAGACACCGGAGCGGUCCCGGCAGCUCUUCGAGCUGAACCCGGACACCGGGGAGAUUCGGGUCUCGGGCAACCUGGACUUCGAGGAAGAGAAAAGCCACGAGAUGGUGGUGAGAGCCACGGACGGCGGGGGGCUUCUGCGGGUGGAGGUCCUGGACGUGAAUGACAACGCCCCGGAGAUAGCGCUCACCUCCCUGACAGCCUCCAUUCCCGAGGACGCCCCGGCCCGCACCGUGGUGGCCCUGUUCAGUGUGCGGGACCGGGACUCCGGCGACAACGGCAGGACGGAGUGCUCGAUCGAGGGCGACGUGCCCUUCAGUCUCACUCCCACUUCCGAUGGUUACUACGAACUGCGAACAAGCGCGGCGCUGGACAGGGAGAGGACGGCCGAGUAUAACAUCACGGUGACCGCCAGGGACUGGGGCAGGAGGCGGCUGAGCUCUCGGGAAAGCAUCUUGGUGCAGAUCGGCGACGUGAACGACAACGCGCCGGCGUUCAGCCAGGAGCUGUACAGCAUGUCGGUGGCGGAGAACAACGGCCCGAUGCUGCGGAUCGGCAGCGUGAAGGCGACGGACGCGGACGCGGGAGAGAACGCGCGCGUCAGGUACGCGCUGGUGCGGCAGGAGGGUGAGGAGCAGCCCGAGGUGGCGGUGAACGCCGAGACCGGGGACGUUUACGUGGUGCGGCCGCUGGACUACGAGCAGGUGCGCGCCUUCGAGGUGGCGGUGCGCGCCGCCGACGGCGGGGCGCCGGCGCUGAGCGGCCAGGCGGUGGUGCGCGUGCUGGUGCGGGACGAGAACGACAACGCGCCCGUGGUGCUGCACCCGCGGGCCGAGGGCAGCGCGGC